CUUUCUUGCAUCUGGAAACUGUCAGAGUUUUCGCCGGAGUCCGUAGAGAGAGAGGGAAAGUGAUCGUGUACUUCGACCGUUGGUGGCAGAGAUGUUCCUCCGUGCGAUCGGACGGCCAUUGUUGGCGAAAGUGAAGCAGACGACCGGGAUCGUUGGUCUGGACGUGGUCCCCAACGCCAGGGAGGUGUUGAUCGAUCUGUACUCCAAAACCCUAAAGGAGAUUACGGCGGUGCCGGAGGACGAAGGCUACAGGAAAGCUGUUGAAAGUUUCACUCGCCACCGUCUCAAGGUUUGUCAGGAAGAGAAAGAUUGGGAGGUGAUCGAGAAGCGGCUCGGUUGUGGCCAGGUCGAGGAGCUCAUCGAGGAAGCUCGCGAUGAGCUCACUCUCAUCGGAAAAAUGAUAGAGUGGGAUCCUUGGGGUGUUCCUGAUGACUACGAGUGUGAAGUCAUUGAGAAUGAUGCACCCAUUCCCAAGCAUGUUCCACAGCAUCGGCCCGGACCCCUUCCCGAGGAGUUCUACAGGACCCUUGAAGCUGUAACUUCUCAAAAGGAGAUUCCAGCUUCUAGCUCCGAGUCACAGUUGAAGGAGUAGCUUUCCGGCUCUGCAUUGUAUGUGCUGGAAAAAAAUCUCGGUUUCUUCUCUUGUUAUUGUUUGUUUUCCUCUAGCUUGAUCUAGAGUUGUUCCCAGUAUGACGUUAAAAGGCAAAUAAUCUAAUCUACGAGUUGAAAAAUGGCACAUACGGUAUUUCAAAUCUUAUCUUUGUUACUCAUC